AUGUCGAGUCCGCGAAGGCUUGCCGACAAAGAUAGAGACAACAACGCAGACCUAAAGCUGCGAUGCUCGAUUUCAGGUGAGGGCAAGUGGCCAAGCUUCAGGCGUGAAGACUUUCGUUUGGAAGGCACGCAGACCACUAGUGCAUCCAGUGAGCUCCCGAUUCCUUUAUCCUCGGCGCUUCAGGGGUCCAACUCUGUCACAUCUUUGUCGUCGGGAUUUCAAAGUUCUGAAUUGAGUGGUCCGUUGACUAUUCCUGUUAGCAGUAAUGGAAGCGAAGCUUACAAUCAUUCAGAUUGGAACAUGAUCUCGUCAAACUCCUUUGAUGAUACAUACUUGGAAGGCGAGUACGCCAAUGGAGGGAUGCCUUUGGGGUCUGCGACUGUAUCUUCUCCUCUCAACCACCUCAAUGAGCCGAUGAACAAUCUUGCACUGGAGAGCGAAGAUCACGAUUUGCCAGUCAUUUCAAUGCCGUAUCCGGGCACCAGUUGGUUCAUGAGCGGCAAGACAGAUUCAGGAACUGGCAAUGCGUUUUCCUUACCCGCAUUCGGGGGACUUACUUCUCGUACACAGGCGGUAAGUACAGGAACGACGGAAAACAGUACCACAUUAAGAGGCAACACAUGUACUCCAAGCUUCCAUUCAGGAGGUGCGGACUUUCCGGUCACUAUUGGAAAACUACCUGGCGAUGUCGUAUCUUGCCCAUCUGAUGCUGCCUCUCCUGUACAAAUGGAAAGUUUUGCUCCGUGGCUUCCGCACAGUAUGGAACCUUCAGAAUUACUUUUCGAAGGCAUAAACACCUGGACUGGAGCUUCCGCAGACAUUUACGACAACCAGUACUAUCACCAACAGCAUAGUCAGCCGCCCUUCUUCAAUGCAUCAUCGAGCCAAACUGCGUCAAACGGAUACCCUUACUUUGAGAGCACACCCAACACAACUAGCCGUACGAUAUCAACUUUGCACCAGACCUAUGCACCAUCGUACCAACGCCACCCACUGCUUUCAAGCGUAUCGACAUCAUCACCCCUCUAUCGACCAGUUCAAAGUCCUGAAGAAACUUUUACCGCAACCAAUAAUUGGACGACAAAUCAGGUUCGCCACCACUCGACCCCUUUAACAGCACGCCCACUCGCUGAUGAACUUGAGAGUUCAGGAGUCCGCAUCAACGCAAAUGAUCACGGAAAUUACCGAUCGAGUGCAUCGGAAUCGCUGCGUGGUGCCGAAGAGGGGCAUACGAUUAGACGCCUACUGCAAUCGUCAACACUUGACCAACAUGACGUCCGCGUAAGCACUUCAGAAGCCGUGCUAGAGACAGGAAACUUAAUGACUGAAGAGGUAAUGGCGGUUCCGACGACGAGUCCUGUGGCCUUAAACCAGUCUUCAAAAAUUCAGCUACUGACAGCAUUAAACAACUGUUACUGGAAGAAUGGACGGAAAAACCUGCAGUGUUUUCCGUCAUGCCCGGAGCACCACGAUUUCUACUCGAUGAAGAUGAACAAUCGUAAGCACUCGAGUGUCGGUGUGUGCCGAGGACCUGUGUAUUGUCACGCAUUCACAAAAGCUUCCGAGUUCUUGCCAGCAACAUCGACACAGCAGAUGAAACGUGAGAGCGGUAUGGGCGUUCCCUGUGGAGGUAGUAGUGCGCGUGAAAUAUUUGUUCUUGGUCGUUUCGAGCGGGUCCCCCAACAAGAAUCCACAAAUCUUCUGGAAGACCUGAGCGCACCUCCGUCGUUCCCGAAUGCUGCACUCUUUGAACAAUUUCAGUUCACAUGUUUUCAGGCUGUGGAAAUGGAAGAGCGUCGUGUAUUGCUGCCAAAAUCACCUCAUGACCCGUCCACGGAAGCUUUUGACUCACCCAAAUCAACAUCGGGACUUUCAGGAAGUCUUGCUCAUGCGCAGAACGGCUUUAUCCGGAGCACUUGGUUCUUCUUGCCCGAUGUAUGGAAGGUACAGCCCAUGUUAAAGAAGAAGCGCAAGGCGACACGCUCAGCCCCAGCUCAGACGUUUCCAUUUUGCUUCCGCAUCUUCAUCUACACACGCAGUAUUGACGGUCCUGACUAUUCCUGUAUUGCCAACACAGCCUCGACCUUCUUUGAGCUCUUUUCAACGCGAACGGUGGAUCGUGUCAAACGCAAGUACUGGAGCGGCGAAGUCCCGUCGAAAGCCACAAAUCAGCGUUCACACAAGCAGCGAGGACUUCAGCGGCUAUAG